UACAAAAACCAUCCCCCAUGUUGUGAAGAACUCUUAGUUGACUGACCCAAAUUUUUUGUUAAGAUGAUGGGAUUUAUCCGAGUUUAUUGUUUGGUGCUUUUUAUCACGCUAAGAGCCAGUUACACUAAAGGUGUAAGAGAGUGUGUGGAAGGGGAAGUGAGGCUGGAGGAUGGAGAGGGAGACUAUGUCGGGAGAGUGGGGCUCUGCUACAGAGGACAGUGGGGCUCAGUCUCCCAGGACCACAUCAAUGAGCAAGUUGCUCGCGUCGUGUGCCAGCAGCUGGAGCUACCAUCACAUGAUCCCAAGGUGGUGAUGCAGUAUGCUGGAGCUAAAGGUCCUGUACACCUCUCACGUGUUGUGUGCUCUGGAAACGAGAGCAGUUUGCUCGAAUGUCAUCAUCAGAAGGAGAAUGGUAGAGGUCCAGGGAGCUGGUUUGGACGUGACAUUGGUGUCAGCUGUGCUCCACCAUGUAGGGAAGGUGAGGUGAGGCUACUGAGGAGCAGGGUCCAGACAUGCCACAACCAGGUCUGGGGCUACAUCUGUUUCUCCCCAGACACCUGGACUCACCAGAGUGCACGUGUAGUGUGCAGAGAGCUGGGCUUGACUUCUGAAGAAGCUCUUGCUGACCACGAAGGUUUUCACAAAAGAUUCUUCCCUCAUUUUGCCAAUUUAACAAACUGUACUGGAUCAGAGGGGCGGCUUGGUGACUGUCCCCAGAGCUCUAAUCAGGAGCGUUGUGGUAACCAUGCAGCAAAAGCUUAUUGCUCAGGAAUUGAGAGGUGCCCGGGAAAUGAGACCGUAAGACUCAGGGAAUUGGAUAGGAAUAUGGGUAGCAAUGUUGGAAGAUUGGAGAUAUGCUACAAUGGAUACUGGCAGAGUGUUUGUAGGCACAAUGCGACUGGACCGACCUCGGCAAUUGUAGCUUGCAGGGAACUCGGUUACUCCAAUUUACUGAAAGCCACCUUUACUUCAAUUGGUCUGUAUGAUGUCACUCUUCCAAGUAUACCAAUUCUGUGGGAGGGUUUGCAGUGCCAUGGUAAUGAAAGAUCCUUGUCUGACUGUCCGAGACGAAAUGGUUUUCACAACUGUAUCAACUGGGAGGAUGUUGUGCUGCAUUGCAGAGUUAAGGAAUGUAAUGAAACUGAUGUACGUUUGGUUGGUGGGCAGAGUGCUGCCGAGGGAGCAGUUCAAAUCUGUCAGAAUGGUCUCUGGGUGUCUGUGUGUGACACAAGGUGGGAUUACAGAGGAGCUGAAAUUGUGUGCAGACAACUUGGAUACCAUGGAAGCUUUUAUGCUCUAAGGGAACAUGUUGGCAGUUUGCAAGACAGCUUUAUAAUGAACAGCACUGUGGUAGAUUGUCAGUAGGGGAGGGAAUAUCUUGUCAGAGUGUUGGUCAAGUGAGCAACAUGAAUGCAGAGCUAAAGCAGCCGUCUUAUGUACAGAUGCCAGUUGUAAAGAAGACGCUCUUCGGUUGGUUGGUGGUCAUAGUGUGAAGGAGGGGAGAGUCCAGGUUUGUCAUAGCGGAGAGUGGCACUCUGUCUGUGCUGACAGCUGGAGUGAGACUGGGGCAGUUGAAACUAGCGUGCUCUGCUCAAAACUUGGCUUCUCAGGGGACGCAGCUAUGGCAGAUUUUGGGAGAGAGCUAGCUCCAACUUUAUCACUGGAUAUUGGGUGCGAUGGAUCACAUGACGAGUCAUGCAACAUUACUCAUCGCAGCUCCCUCGGAUGCCGGGAAGUGGCUGGAAUUGUCUGCGAAGCUCACUGCGUGUCUGAUGGAGUUGACUUCUGCUCUGAGUGCAGUGGACCAGCCAAUUGUCCAGUGAAUGACGUGUGCUACUGUUCUGCCGGGUGUUUUGACAAUGGUCAUUGCUGCCCUGAUGUUGAACAACUUCUGACCUGUCUACCUAACGAUGGAUGUGAGCCAGGAGAAGUUCGUCUGGUAGGAGGAGUGGCCAAUUCAUCCAGUGGAAUUGUGGAGCUGUGUGUGGGCGGAGUGUGGGGGACCAUCUGUGACAGUAAUCAUGAAUGGAGCUACGAGAAUGCAGCUGUUGUUUGCCGUCAGCUCAACCUUCCAGGGGAUAAUGCAGACAGUAUCUCCUCCGGGGAGUUUGACUCAGCUUCCAGUCGCCCGGUUCUCCUGGACAGUGUACACUGUACAGAGGAGUGAGGAGAGUCUGCUGGGCUGCCCUCACGCCAGUCUGGGCAACCACCUGUGCAGUGACGUUAUCUAUCAUGCUGCUGUUUUCUGCAAAGCUGACUGUGAGGAUGGGGACAUGAGAUUGGAGGGUGUGUCCAGUGGACAUGUGGAGAUAUGCUGGCACGGAAUGUGGGGCUCAGUAUGCAGUGAUGACAUGUGGGAUGCCGCGGACGCUAGAGUUGUGUGUAGACAGCUAGGUUUUGAAUCUCAAGAUGUGGAGGCUAUAGACGUGAUUGGAUCAGUGGGUCCCAUACUUAUGGCUGGUGUAAAGUGCACAGGGUAUGAGCCUGAACUGUACAACUGUACCAGUGACAGGAGGAUCAGCUGUGAGGAUAGGGGGAGACGUGCAGGAGUAAGGUGCAUUACGGGGGCUCUAGGUGGUAUUAAAGUGAGUGAGGUGGAGGGUUCAGUGGAGGGUGUCUUGGGACUCUGUGACAGGUGCUGACAGGUACACGGUCACACUCGUGGAGGCAAUGGGGGAUAAUCAACAGGGACCCUGUCGUCAGUCGUCUAACAAACCCAUCUCAGUUGAUACUACCAAUACUAGUGUUUCUAUAGACAAAACUAAGUUGAGAGCAUACACUACCUAUUCCAUCACUGUAACAGCCGAGAGUGACUUAUCAAACAGCAGUCAUAAGAGUAUACCUUUCAUCUUCACAACACAACAAAACGGUUCAUCAGUGGCCCCUCGCAAUGUGAGAGCAUCGUUUGUCAAUUCAACAGUCAUCAGUGUCCAGUGGGACGGCCUGACUCCCUGCACCCAGGUCAACGGCCGUGUUGUCAAGUACAGAGUCCGGUACACUGCAGAGAGGAGUGGUGGUGAGGUAGGAACUGAGGAUAAGGCCGGAGAGUGGGACUUGACAGGAGCUGAGUUGGCACUGAAUGGAUUGAGACCCCAUACCAAACUACUCUAUUAGAGUGGCUGCGGUGAACCAGGAGGGAGACUAGGCCUCUACAGUGACCCCAUCACCAUCCAGACAGCAGAAGAUGGUAUGGUGUAUU